AUGGCGAUUACUCGGAGACUGACAAGGGCAAGGGACCAAGACCUUGACGAAUCUGCAGUCUUGUGGAAAGAGCGGGCUGCGGCCACGGCAGUGAUCAAAGCAUUCCAGAUCUGGUUCCUCGGCUCGCCAGAAGUCGAAAAGGCGGCAAAGCUGCACGCCAAUCAUCAUGUCCAAUUGUCGCUCAAAGCCUAUCAAGUACUGCGGAAAAAGAAUUAUCGUGGAGACGAAAGAGUCCGUCUGGCAAAACUCGAUGCUUCUGAUGCCGCAUCCACGCCUUUAAUCGACCGCCUCAGUCCCAACCAGAUCCAUGCACUCUCUCGAUUAGCUCGCGGCUUCCGCUGCCAGAGCGGGAUACCAGCUGAAAAGCUUAUCCAAUUCAUUGCGAAUCCGUUCAAUCGACUCAGCCGAGUUUUUCUCAAAAUGAACCAGAUCUGUGUCAGAAACGGAGAGUAA